AUGGCAGAGGUAGAAGAAAUCCCUCAAGCGAGACACGUCGUUUAUUGUGGAGGUGAGAAUGACCCCCCCCCCCCCCCCCCCCCCCAAACUCUGAGAUGUGGAAAAACAAAGGCUGACGGAAUCGUUCCCGAUAGUGUGCACAUUACCCCCGGAGGCACGGCAAAGAAGUGCGAAGAAUGGCUCAAGGAUAACGAGUCUGAUCUGUGGGAUAAGCUGUACUCCGAUGAUGCAUUGAGCGCCAAUCUAUCCACACUCUCUGUUUCAGCACAAGAGCGCGCCGCGAAGGACGCCGCGAAGAAGGAAGCAAAGGCUGCUGCUAGCGAGGCUCGGGAUAGUGAGCGCAAGGCGGCUUCCAAGGUCAUUAUCAAGCGAGUCGAGCGGAACAAGCGCAAGUAUGUCACUGUUGUUAUUGGACUGGAGGUCUUCGGCCUGGAAAACAAGAAAAUUGCCAAGGAUUUGGGUAAGAAGUUCGCUACUGGGUCCUCAGUGACGAGGUCCCCUGCUGGGAUUGAGGAGAUUACCGUCCAGGGAGAUGUGAGCGAUGAUUUGAGCGAUUGGCUGCUCGAGGUUCAUGGAUCAAAGAUCCCAGAGGCUAAUAUUGAAUUCGUGGAGGAUAAGAAGAAGAAGAAGAGUGAGGCGCCUAUCGUAGGAGCCCAGUAG